AUGACGAUCAACACUCUCCUCCGAGUGCUCGCGCUGUCCUUCCUUUUUGUUCUCCAUGUUAGCGCUUGCGAUGUACUUUUCCCAGCCUUUCAAUCAAUCUACGAUGAAGUUCCCUUUACUGUGUACUGGAACGGUGACUGUACUGGCCCUUUCACUUUGCAACUUUGGGAUCGGGAUCUUAACGUACUCCAAUAUUCGUACACUGGUAAUGACACGAGCGUUCAACUGGGACUUUACAACCUUACUGGAACCACGAUAUAUUUCUACUUUCGAGAUGACUAUGGCAGUAAUCUCACAAGCUCUGAUUAUAUUGUUCUGCCCGGCUCAUCGAACGGAACCCUCUUUUCGCUCUCCGUACAGUCCGUACCGUCCAAGCUAUCCUCACUCUCCGAGGCACUAACCUCCUCACUAACAUCCGAGUCACCUGCAUUCUCCCUUUCGUUCCAAUCCGUCUUCUCAACGUUUACUUCGGCCCCUAGCAUGACCAAUACGAUCACCUCCAUUCGUCGUCCCCCAUCAACCGCUACCAUCCGGAAUUCCAACCCAACUCCUCGAAAUUUAACAAAUAUAGGAGGCAUCAUCGGGGGUGCCGUUGGCGGUGCAGUGGCUCUCGCAUCUCUUUCGGCUCUGCUCCUUCACCACCUACGUUCCCAUGAGAGAGGAAAUCAAAAGGACAUAAAUAUCGGAGGUCCAGUUGCGCCGGUUCCCUCGGGGAGACCUACCCGCCCCACCGGAACCCAUAUGAGUGGGGUAGGGAGGAACGUUCACAACCUCGCGUAUUCGUCACCAGGGUCCAUGACCGGUCAUCAUACCACUGUACAUACGAACAGAGAUCGUUCCAGAUAUGACAAUCCUGUGGUAGGGGCAGCUAUUCCUGAGAGAGUUCCACAGGUUGUGAACCCUGGCAUCGAAAUUGUUGCACCGAGACGGGAGCCCCGUGUAUACCAUACUGCCCAAAUGUCGGGGCCGGGUUAG